AUGUCGUCGUCCCCCUCGCCUGUCGCGCUUAUUACUGGCGGCACCGCCGGUCUCGGCGCUGCUACAGCUCGCCUCCUAGCUAAAGAUGGCAUGCGUGUCGCUGUCAACUAUCACUCUGAUUCAACCCGUGCCGCCAGCUUCGUGCAGGAGCUACACGCCCUCUCGCCGCUACCUCAUGAUGAGAACAACUUCUUGUCUUUCCGUGCCGACCUAGGAGUACGGGCAGACCUGAUUAAACUUGUGGACGAGGUUGUGGGCGCCAUGGGACGAUUGGAUGCCGUUUUCUCCAAUGGAGGCUGGACCAAGAUCCGGGAUAUAACUGACUUGGAUGACAAUGUCAAUGAGGAAGACUGGGACCGAUGUUUCAACAUGAACGUCAAAUCUCAUCUGUUCCUCAUGCAUGCUGCAAAGGAGCAUUUGGACAAGACAGAAGGCGUCUUCAUUACCACGGCAUCUUUCGCUGGCGUGAAAGUGAGCGGAAGCUCUCUGGCAUACGCCGUCACCAAGGCAGCGCAGAUUCACCUCGCCAAGGGUCUGGCACUGGCCGCGAGCCCCAGGAUCCGGGUGAAUAGCGUAUCCCCUGGACUCAUGCUAACGCAGGUUCUCUGCUUUAUCAAGUCUAAGUCGGUCACAGGAGUGAAUGCUGUGCUUGAUGCUGGCAUGUCACUUUAA